AUGAAUAGCUACACUGAGGUGUUUGAGGUUAAAGAUUUGACAUUUCCUAGAAUGAUGUUUGCUUUCAAGCCAUUCCCUGAAAUUUCCCUAUUGAGACAGUAUGAUGACACAGCUUUUUUUGAUGUUAUUGGAGUUAUCACUAAUCCAGGAAAAGAGGUCAAGCAAUCUAAGUACAGGCUUAUUGAGAUUGAAAUCAAUGAUGAACAGCAUAAUAAAAUAUUUUGUACAAUUUGGGAAUCAAAUGUUGAUUCUUACAAGGAAGAUUUCAAAAAGAGUAAAGGAACCAUUCCCGUUGUUAUUGUUCAAAUUUGCAAGACUAAUUUAUUCAGAGGUGAAAUGAGAAUAUCGACACACUUUCAAGCGUCGAAGGUUCUAAUUAAUCCAGAAUUAGAUGAAGUUACUGCUUUUAGGAAAAGAAUUGAAGGUGAUGAGAGAUUUAUUCCCUAUGGUUCUUUGGGUCAAGUUGGACCAUUCAUUAGCAGUGAGUUUGAAAAUCUUACAGUGAAGUCUCUUGAGGAUUUAGAAUGUCUAGAGGAUGGUUUAUAUUGGGUUUUUGGAAAGAUUGUAUCUGUGGAAGCACAUUAUGAUACAUGGUAUUACAUGUCAUGUAAGACCUGUUUUAAGAAGGUGGAGGCAGAGGAUAACAAGUUUAACUGUUCAGUAUGUAAGAGCACCUAUUCCCAUGCUUAUAGAAGGUAUAGAUUUAUUGUCAAUAUUGUUGAUGAUACAAGCAACACUUCACUUUUAGUGUGGGAUAGGGAGGGGAUCCAACUGAUAGGAAAAAAGGUUUAUGAAUUCAUAGGGGCUGAUAAUCAGUGGAGGACAUUGCUAAAGAAAUAG